AGCGGGCCCGGACGCGGAGCCGAGCGCCCGUGGGUGUGCGAGCCCAUCAUGGCGGCCCCACCGCCCUCAGCCCCGGGAGAGCCGCCGCCGCCGCCGCCGCCGCUGCAGUACAGCCUCCUGCUGCAGCACCUCGUGGGCGACAAGCGGCAGCCCCGCGUCUGGGACCCCGCCGCCCUCGGCGGAAUCCCCUGCCCGCCCAAGAGCGAGGAGCAGAAGAUGGUGGAGCGGGUCAUGGAGAGCUGUCCCUUCAAGGCGGCGCUGGCUUGUGUGGGAGGAUUUGUUCUGGGAGGUGCAUUUGGUAUCUUCACAGCUGGCAUUGACACCAAUGUGGGCUUUGAUCCCAAGGAUCCCUAUCGCAUGCCCACAGCCAAAGAGGUGCUCAAGGACAUGGGGCAGCGAGGCAUGUCCUACGCCAAGAACUUCGCCAUCGUGGGUGCCAUGUUCUCCUGCACGGAAUGCGUGGUAGAAUCUUAUCGUGGGAAGUCAGACUGGAAGAACAGCGUUAUCAGUGGCUGCAUUACAGGAGGAGCCAUCGGCUUCAGAGCUGGGUUGAAGGCCGGGGUGAUCGGCUGCGGAGGAUUCGCCGCUUUCUCUGCUGCAGUCGAUUACUACCUCCGGUAACAGCCCUGUCCCUCGGGAGCAACGUUCCCUGUUCCAGUGCUGCUGCUGAGAGCCUGCAUCACGGCACAAACAUCAGGCUUACCUUUCCACUGCCUCUGGAGUCCUGGCCAGUGUGAGCAGGGUGGUGGUGGCCACUUUCUGAAUGACUAACAGCAACCUGGCUGCGAGCCCUGGCGAGCUGCUCCAGGCAGGCUUGUGGGAGCAUGGGAGGAUGGAGCUAGGCACAGAGCAGCAUCUCCAGGACAGAUCAGCUAACUUCAGUUUCCAGGAAAUAUGCCUGGACUCUGAGCACUUUCGAUCCUUUGGGGCUGAUUUUUGAUUAAGUCUGUUGCCAGCAUCAAAAGAAGGCAGAAGGACUAUCUUCUAGGAGAAACACACCAAUUUAGGUUACCACAUAUUUGAAGGUGCUGCAAGUGUUUUAACAGUCACCAGUUUGAAGCUUGCUACUCUGUUGGGGAGAGGUAAGAUCCUGUGGAGAAAUAAGUUUGUUCCAGGCUUUUCUUAAAAUACCAUCUGAAGACAAAUCUCCAUCUGUACAACUUGUCUUAUUUCAAGUACAGAGAUGAGCGCCAGAUUUCUUUACCACGUUUUAAAGGGAAAAGCAGAAAAGAAUCCUUAGCCUUUGUGUGGUUACUGGCAGAUGAACAAAACAGUUUAAGGGAAAAAAAGAGGUUGUUGCUGAAGUAUAAUUCUCUGUAGCCACUUGGCUAGCCUGAUUUAACCUCACUGUGGGAGUACAAUCUUGCUACUGCUUUAAUUGCCCCAGGCUCACCCCAUUAGUUCCAGCAGUUUGAUAGUGAAACUUAGAAAGCAGAGUUGUGAGAAUAAACCAGUAUUUGACAGA